GCGCGACUUGGCUCAAACGGCAUGGCUUCCAUUUGUCAGUCAGAGCUCGUGUGUUAAACAGGUGUGUCAAGUAACAUUCACUGUAAUUCGUAACAACAUGGAGGUGAGCGAAGCCAACGACGAGAGUUUUGGAAUAGAAGUGAUUCUUCCAGAGAAGGUCGGUACAGCAGCGCCAUGCUGUCCGCACGGUCCAACUCUGCUUUUUGAGAAGGUCAGCAAAGGAGGUGAGAAAGGCAGGAGAUUUUAUGCCUGCUCCGCCUGCAGAGACAGAAAAGACUGCAACUUUUUCCAGUGGGAAGAAGAAAAGGUGUCAGAGGCCAGGCUUUUGGCCAGAGAAGAAGAGAACCAGUCAAAGAGACCUCUAUUUACCCAGCAGGAGAACUGUAGCAGGUUUAGAAAGUUUGCCUCCCUCCCGCUGGAUGAGAAGAAGUUCUGUCAGGAUUGUCAGAUUUUGCUCCUGCCCGGAGAGCACGAGGCCCACUCCUCUCACAGAUCCACGGCCGUCUCCGCGGCUCAGCUGAGGAGGCCCAGCGUGCUGCUGCGUCCUCUGGACAACAAGAAAAGCAACGCCCAGUACCUGUUCACCGACCGCAGCUCCCACUUCCUGCUGGACACCCUGGCCGGUCUGGGAUACAGGAAGGUGCUGUGUGUGGGCACACCCAGACUUCAGGAGCUGAUCAAGUUGCGAAACCUUGAGCAGAAGCAUGAGCCAAUGAAGAGUCUGCUGCUGGACAUUGACUUCAGAUACGCUCAGUUUUACAGUCAGGAUGAAUUCUGUCACUACAACAUGUUCAACCACCACUUCUUUGAUGGAGAGGCCUCCGGUGCAGUGCUGCAGGCCUUCCUCUCAGAGUGUGAUGGCCAGAAGGUGGUCAUGGUGGCUGACCCUCCUUUCGGGGGCCUGGUGAAGCCUCUGGCCAACAGCUUCUCUCUGAUCUCACAGACAUGGAAGAAGCUGCAGAGCUCUGCCUGCAGUAACACUGACAUGCCCAUGAUGUGGAUCUUCCCAUAUUUCUUUGAGCCUCGCAUCCUGGAGUGUCUCCCCUCAUGCACCAUGCUGGACUAUCAGGUGGACUAUGACAACCAUCCUCUGUAUAAACACGGGAAGACAGGCAGGAAGCAGUCUCCUGUCAGAGUCUUCACUAACAUUCCAGCCAGAGACAUUGUCCUGCCCAAAGACGAGGGCUACAGAUUUUGCUUAGUGUGUCAGAGAUUUGUGGUGUCCCUCAACAAGCACUGUGCUAAAUGCAACGUCUGCCCAUCCAAGGACGGCCGGGAAUGGAAGCACUGCUCUACAUGUGAUAAAUGUGUGAAACCAUCCUGGAGACACUGCCAGCGCUGUGGCCGCUGUGCCCUCCCAGACCAUCCAUGUGGACACGGUGAAGGACAGGAGGGAUGCUUCAACUGCAGCAGCCUGGAGCACAAACGCAAAGCGUGCCCUCUCAAAGACACACACAGGAUCAGCCAUCAGUCAAAUGCCAAGAGUGGAGGUAAACAUGCAUCCCAUCGGAUCCAGUUGAAGCCUAAAGCUAAGAGGAAGUCUGGAGCAGCUCGCAGAGCAAAGAAGUUGGCUGCUCUGUCUAAAUGACAUUAAGUGACGUUAACAUUUCUGCAGUUUCUCGUCUGUGUAAUCACAAGCAAAGAGUUAUUUCAUAUAAACACAAAUACAGUCCUAAGCGGUGUUGGCGAGUGUCCUACUACAUUAAAAGGUAACAUAAAA